UAAGAAAUCAUCAGAGUGGGGAGCGAGAAUCUACAAAACCUUCAUCCCGAUUCCAACGCAACAAAACCACCUCGCCUUAUUUCUUCACAAUUACCAGGGCACAUUGUCCAUGUAGUGCAGUGUAACGCAGCCGGGGCUGUAGAAUUAGUAGCUGCAAGUGUAAAGUGCCGUCCUGAACAAUCACUCUGAGCUUGCACUUGGUCAUUCUAAAGAAAGAACCAAUGGAGCUGUCCACGUUACCGAACACUGAACGGGAGCUGUUCACAGACUAUAGUGCUGAAAUGUACUGGAGCCUGGCGUUCAAUGCUACCUGGGAGGAUUUGCAGAACAGUUUUCGAAAGAAUAUUAGCCUGGAUAACGGCACAAGGUUGGAUCCGGCCAACGAAACCACGUCCACGAUCCACGCUAUCGCUAUCACAGCGCUCUACUCGGUGGUGUGUGUGGUUGGGCUCAUAGGCAAUUUUUUGGUCAUGUACGUGAUUGUCAGGUACACAAAAAUGAAGACAGCUACAAAUAUUUACAUCUUCAAUCUUGCGCUGGCAGAUGCCUUAGCCACAAGCACACUGCCGUUCCAGAGCGCCAAAUACCUGAUGAACACCUGGCCCUUUGGGGAGUUGUUGUGUAAGAUAAUCAUAUCAAUUGAUUACUACAAUAUGUUCACCAGCAUCUUCACUCUCACCAUGAUGAGCGUCGAUCGCUAUAUUGCGGUCUGCCACCCUGUUAAGGCACUGGAUUUCCGCACACCCAUGAAUGCAAAGAUUGUCAAUGUCUGCAUGUGGCUACUGUCUUCAGCCAUCGGGGUCCCAGUCAUGGUCAUGGCUAUCACCCGCCCGGACGAUAAUGGCAGUGUGAUGUGCGGCAUUCAAUUCCCAGAGCCCAAAAAAUACUGGGAAAACGUAACCAAAAUUUGUGUCUUCAUAUUUGCCUUUGUCAUACCGGUGUUGGUCAUUACCAUCUGCUACAGCCUCAUGAUUCUGCGUCUGAGAAGUGUCCGACUCCUCUCGGGCUCCAAAGAGAAGGACAGGAACCUGCGGAGGAUCACACGGAUGGUCCUUGUGGUGGUGGCCAUCUUCAUCAUCUGCUGGACGCCCAUUCACAUCUUUGUCAUUGUCAAGGCUUUGGUGAAAGUUAACACAAGUCCCUUGAUUUCUGUCAGCUGGCACUUCUGCAUUGCCCUGGGGUACACUAACAGCUGCCUCAACCCUGUGCUCUACGCCUUCCUGGAUGAGAACUUCAAGCGGUAUUUCCGUGAGUUCUGCCUGCCCCUGCGUACCAGGUUGGAGGAGAACAGCUUCACCCGAGCCAGGAAGACCACCAGAGAAUCAGUUUGCGCCUGCACCCCCUCUGAGAUGGUCAACAAGCCGGUAUGACUAGGCGUGAACAAGCCCAGAAAGGGCUCACACUCCAGGAGAGAACAGGACCUGAAUUCUGAAGUAACACAAAUCACAACUGAGUUUUAACAAUUAUUAUUUCAAAUAAAGUCUUGAUGAUUGUAAUUUAAAUCCUUAAGGAGAAUAAACAAAGCAUUGACUUACUCGCCUCCAGGGAGUUUAGGUCAUACUGUAAUCUAGUUAGAUUUUCAUUUACAAAGUUUAAGUGAUUGCUUGUAACAAGGAAAAAUAACUUAGCAAUUAUUUUUACAUAGGAAGCUUGUAUAUACACAUACAUAUAUAUAUAGCCUCUGGCACAAAGGUAUACUUUUUUGAAGAAGUUGCCUAGUUUCAAUGUGUCAGGCUGUUUUACUUAAUGUUGAUGUUUUCUAACCUUUGUUGGAAAAGUGGAACUAAACAUUUAUUUUACGAUUACCACAAUUACGCAAGUUCUGUUAUACUUCUUAUUAGACGUUAAAUGUAUCUCCCUGCAUUGAAUUAUGUAUAUGUUUUUAUACACUCACUGCAUAGAUUUAAUUAUCUUAGAACCAUAGAACCAUACGGCACAAUACAGGCCCUUCGGCCCACCAUGUUGUGCCGCCAAAGAAGUGCCGCCAUCUUCUUAAAGGAAUGUAGGCAGAUCCGAUAUCUCCAUUCUUGCUGACAACCCUUUUAUGAAACAAUCGCCUUAUUUCCUUAGAAUCGUUCUCAACCCAAAAGGACAUGCAAAUGCAUCAUAUAACAAAGGAGGCAAAGACUGAAAACGAGUUCCUUCUCUUUCUCUGUGGUAGUGUUUCGAUACAAACAUGGGACAUUGAAAUUCAGCAGCUGGACUGAUGUCAAGGAGAAAUUUAUUGGUUAAUAUUUUAUAAUGCUGUAAGUGUGGCUGAAGUUAUUGCUGUAAAAAUGAGUAAAGAUAUGUAUCAUAUUUCUGGCAUUGUAAACACAUUGA